AUGGAUGACUGGAAGGCAUCGGGCUUUAAAGGUGUCUUCAAAAAUGAUGAGGAACUUACGCGCCUGUCCUACGCUGUCAUUGCUCAAGGUCGAUCUGGGUCGUCGUACAAGAGUGGGUACGACGCUCUUGUGACACGAUUUGAACUCAAGGAUUUCGCGGUGAUGUUCAAAAUGAUUGCGAAGCAUGGCAAUGCUGACGCUGAUAAAUUUGGCAAGGAUUUUCUACGAAAAAUUAUCAGCGCGUGGGAGCGGCAAAAAAAGAACAAAGGGAUUGUCCCGGACGCUCUACGUGGUGAAUAUGCCGACGUCGUGGCGAAAUUGAGCAAGGUUGUGUGA